AUGACUUUCGGGCGAACUUUCAACGUUGUAGGCGCGCACUGCGGCGGUGAAGUUUGCGACGUCAUUGUUGGAGGUGUUCUUGACGCCCCGGGCAGAACUAUGUUCGACAAAAUGAUGCACUUCUGGAAAGAGCGAGAUAACCUUCGAAACUUACUGCUAAAUGAGCCUCGCGGAUCAUCGGCAAUGUGCACCAACUUGGUUCUUCCACCUUGCAACCCCGAGGCCGAUGCUGGCUUCAUCAUCAUGGAACACGAGGAGUACCCGCCCAUGUCUGGCGCCAAUACCAUUGCUACUAGCACCGUGCUUCUUGAAACGGGCAUGGUGCCCAUGCAAGAGCCGAUAACGACAUUGAAAUUAGAUACGGCAGCAGGUCUGGUCACAGUGACCGCUGAGUGCGAGGCUGGCAAAGCGAAAUACGUUGAGUUCGAGAACGUCCCGGCUUUUGUCUACGCCCUGGAUCUAGAAAUCAAUGUGCCUGGAUUCGAUGUCCCCGUCAAGGUCGAUAUAGCAUAUGGCGGAAUGUGGUAUGCUCUUGUCGACUCUAGAUCUGUCGGUCUAAAAAUCGAGAGUCGAAAUGGCCGAGAACUUGUUGAAGUGGGGGAGCGUAUCAAGCGUGCCGUUCAGGCACAGACGAACCCAGUUCAUCCGGACAACCCCAAGAUCCGAGGAGUUACUAUUCUCGAGUUCACCGAGCCCCUCACUGCUCUAGGUGCUCAAAAGACAGCCGUCAAUACCGUUGUGGUUUCUCCGGGGAGGUUGGACCGUAGUCCCUGUGGGACUGGAACUUGUGCACGGCUUGCUGUGCUUCACAAGCGUGGUCAGCUUGCUGUCGGCGAGUCAUUCUGUCACAGCAGCGUAAUCGGCACAGAGUUCAUUGGUACUGUUCGAGCUAAAACUAGGAUUGGGGAAUACGAUGCAGUCGUUCCUGCGGUGAAGGGAAGUGCUUGGAUUACAGCAUUCAAACAGGUUGUUCUUCACCCUACUGAUCCUUUCCCAGAAGGCUUUAGAGUGGGUGAUAAAUGGCAUAUGAGUUGA